GCUGAACCGUCACAGCUCAGGAGAAGAGAUUCACUAGGCUCGGGUGCCUCUUUUGGAGGAAGGGAAGAUUGGCAGAGGUCUGCGACCAUGAAGGUCAAAGUCAUCCCGGUACUUGAAGACAACUACAUGUAUCUGAUCAUUGAGGAGCACACGCGGGAAGCCGUGGCUGUGGACGUGGCCGUGCCCAAGAGGCUGCUGGAGAUUGCAAGCCGUGAGCAGGUGUCUCUGACCACGGUACUGACCACUCAUCAUCACUGGGACCAUACACGUGGAAAUGCGGAGCUGGCACACCUACGGCCAGGACUGGCGGUCAUGGGAGCAGAUGAGCGCAUCUGUGCACUAACCCGCAGGCUGCAACAUGGGGAGGAGCUUCGGUUUGGGGCCAUCCACGUGCGAUGCCUCUUGACGCCGGGCCACACCUCUGGCCACAUGAGCUACUUCCUGUGGGAGGACGAAUGCCCGGACCCACCAGCCCUCUUCUCUGGGGAUGCUCUGUCAGUGGCAGGGUGUGGCUGGCACCUGGAGGACACUCCCCAGCAGAUGUACCAGAGCUUGGCUAAGAUCCUGGGUACCCUUCCACCCCAUACGAAAGUGUUUUGUGGCCAUGAGCAUACACUGAGCAAUCUUGAGUUUGCACAGAAAGUGGAGCCCUCCAACAACCAUGUUCAAGCUAAGCUGUCCUGGGCCCAGAAGAGGGAUGACGAGGAUGUACCUACUGUGCCUUCGACGCUGAGCGAGGAGCUCUUGUACAACCCUUUCCUUAGGGUGACAGAGGAUUCGGUUCGUGAGUUCACAGGCCAGGUGGCCCCAGCCCAGGCCCUGGAGGUGCUGUGCAGGGAGCGAGCACGCUUCCAGCUUGCUCUGGAGCCCCCACAGCCCCAGGUUCGGGCACUCCUGGCCUUGCAAUGGGGCCUUCUGAGUACACCACAGGAAAAGUGAACUGUGGGGGGAGCCCGCCUGUCUCCACACCCAAUAUCCUGACAUCAGGCUGACUGGAACCCAGAACCUUCCUCUGAGGCUCUGCCACCCUGCUUUGAAGAACCAGCAAGUGGUGCCUUCCCGGUGUCUACACUCAUGGGGUCAUACAAGGGUGAAUAAAACUUUGAAAGGCCCAGUGUGGUACCACAGACACACAGCUGAUACUUCUGGAGGUGCAGACCUGUUUAUU